AUGUCUGAAGGAGACAGCUGGAAGAAGUAUGUCACUGUCGGUGCUACCGAUCGCGUGGAGGCGUACCUCGCCCGCCAAGCUUGGUGCCCAGAACUCAGCGUGUCCCUACCCAAGCUCGUGGACUCCAGGGUGGUGCGGUACCCACCGACCUUUGAGUGGUACGCGCUACAUUACAUCGCCAAAGGGACGGGCAAAUGGAAUGACAGCAUCCUCGCUUGGGGCCUGAACAUCACAGUGCCCGACUUGCUCAAAGCACAAGAAGAGCUCGUCAGCCAGCUCGCAAGCUCGCAACGAGGAGCAAGUACCUCGCGGCCUCGUACAACGACACCUGUCGGAGCGGAGGUCGGGCCUCUCGGCAAGGCAUACUUGUACGACGAGGCCAUUGAGAAGUUUGAGACCCUCUACUCCGGCAUGAAGCCCAGGUUCACUGCGGCCCGGGUUCCCCGCCCGGGUUCCCCGCUUCUGGCGCGAAAGCGGAAUCUUGGCUUUCGCGGAGCGCUGCAGCACGGGUGCUCGAGAGCAGAUGGUCCAGGCCCUGGCGUUGAAGACCGGACGCAUCUCGUCGUCGCCCGCAGCUGCCAGCGAUGCAGAGCGGAAGGCGGCUUCGACACCACCCCGGCACCAUGA